AUGAAUUCAUUAAACUGUUGUAGAACUUGUUUGAGUGAAGAAAAUUUACAUCCAAUGUUCUUACUACCAGAGUACAGUGAAAAGUAUUCUAGUACUGUUUUUCUUAUUGCAGGCGUAAAGGUAGAAAUGAAUGAUACUUUACCACAAGAAUUAUGUUCAACAUGCAUAAGUUUUAUAAACAAAUCAAUCAAAUUUAGAAAAAAAUGUGAAGAAUCUCAAAUAAAAUUAAUGGAAAAUCGAGUAAACGGUAUCAAAAUUGAAUAUUUUGACUUAAAAUUAGAAGAAGAUUCUACAGCUAUAGAUAUAAGUGAUUCUUUAGAGGACGAUUUUAAAGAUUUUGAUGACAAUAUAACAUUAGAUACAUUACAAAGUAAUAAUCAUAAUAUGAUUAGUAAAAAUGAGAACAUACCAAAAACUGAAUUAACUUUUGAAACUAAACAAACUGAAAUUAAGGAAAAACCUAUAGAUUUAUUACUUAUUGGUAAAAGAAGAAGAAAAUGUGUAAAAACAGUACGAGGAAAGACGACAGAUAAGAAGGAAAUUAUAAAAGAAAGAAUAGAGUGCGAGUAUUGUCAUAAAAUAUUGACAUCGAAAUUGUCUCUGAGGAACCAUUAUAAAAUACAUACAGGUUUUGAUGUUGUUUGUGAGCACUGUGGUAAAAAGUUCAUCACUCGAAGACUGCUGCUGAUGCACUGUAGAGCCAAACAUGGAUAUGAAAAGACAGAUAAAUGCUCAUAUUGUGAUUAUAAAGCGUCUAAUGCAGAACAAGUUAAAAUACACGAGAGACUCCACACCGGUGAGAAGCCCUUCGUCUGUAAGGAAUGCAACGCCGGCUUCCACAGGAAGAGCAGCUACUUACAACACGUCGCCAUACAUUUGCCAGAGAAAACCGUACAGUGCGACCAAUGCCCAGCCAGAUUCAAAUCGGUGACCCUCAUGAGGAUACACAAAAACCGUCACAGGCCUUCGCCCUACACGUUCAAAUGUAAAAUUUGUGAUAACAGCUUUGCCCGCAGACGGAAUGUUGCCAGACAUUUGCAAAGAGUUCACGGUCUUCUGCCACCGCCGGAUGCUCAUAUACACAGGAUAAAAAUACAU